UUGAGUAAACAUUCUCGCUAUCUGCUCCAAUCUGAUACUAUGAACAAUAAUAAAAAAUUUUCUAUUAAUAAUUUGCUUCAAUCAGCUGUAGCUGAUUCAUCUUGUCAAAAGUUGGCAGAAACUCCAUCUACCUCAUCACCUAAUCAGCAUCAAUUAGGAAGCCUAACGCCGACUUCUGUUUCAAACCAAGCCAUGUCAAUAUACAAUGCUGCCAACAUUAUGAAUUUACAGCUGGCGGCUGCUCAAAUGGCUGAAAUUUCAAACUUUGCAAAUCCAUCAACUAUUUCUCCUGUUUCUGCAACAAACUUUCUUGGAGGAACUUCAAUACCAUCUGUUCAGAACAUUUUUGAUUCACCUCUCAAUAGAUAUUUGUUUUUUUCUAAUUUUCCAGCCAAAAGCUCACAAAAAAGGAAAGGAGGUCAAAUCAGAUUUACAAACGAGCAGACAGAUGCUUUAGAAUCUAAGUUUGAUUCUCACAAAUACCUUAGUCCUCAGGAGAGGAAGAAGCUGGCUAAAUCGCUAAGUCUGAGUGAACGUCAAGUUAAAACUUGGUUUCAAAACCGUCGAGCUAAAUGGCGUCGUGUUAGAAAAGAUGGAGAAGAAGAAGAAGAUCUACCUAAUCGAAAUGGCCAACAGAAAUCUCUUGUUCUUGUAUGUACUGCUCGCUAA